UACACAAUCACGUGAUGAGGUCAUUUUGAUGUUAUAAGCGUCUGUUACAUUUUACGCGGGCACGCGUUGUAUACGGAACGGCUGCAGAGGAAGACAAGAAUAGACAAAGAUGGCAGGAGGUAAAGCAGGUAAAGAUUCCGGAAAGGCGAAAGCUAAAGCUGUUUCACGAUCAGCAAGGGCAGGUCUUCAGUUCCCGGUCGGCCGUAUUCACAGGCAUUUGAAGAACCGAACAACCAGCCAUGGGCGAGUCGGUGCCACUGCCGCCGUUUACUCUGCUGCUAUCUUGGAAUACCUUACAGCUGAGGUUUUAGAAUUGGCGGGCAAUGCCAGCAAAGAUCUGAAGGUCAAGCGUAUCACGCCGCGUCACUUGCAGCUAGCUAUCAGGGGUGACGAGGAAUUGGAUUCACUGAUCAAGGCAACAAUUGCUGGCGGUGGUGUCAUUCCUCACAUCCAUAAGAGUCUGAUCGGCAAGAAGGGAUCGCAGAAGGCUUCAUAAAAAUCCACCUCAGCACUAACAACCGUCUAACAACCUCGUCAGCUGAAUGGCUGUUGUCCUGUCACAGUUUCAACUGACCACACCUCCGGCACAAACGGCCAAACAGAAAGAUUGAAAACAGAAACUUUCCCACAUCUUUGUCAGGUUAUCCUGUCUUGGUUCUGACGAUUGUAAUGCUUAAAUUUUUGUGAAAUCAGUUGUUUCUUCAACUUUAUUGUCAGAAAUAGGGCUCUCGACAGAGCGUUUUUAUUUAAUGUAAAUGAGCAAGUAUGAGACGGUGACAUUGUGGGGGAAAAGGGGGAAGUGGGUUUUUAUCGGCCGGAUCUGAUCAGCCAGCCGGAUGUAAAUACUGCAUAAAAACCUCGUAUACACACGUAGUUUGUAGUACGAUACAUGGGUUUAGAAAUUGUUUCAAAAGUUAGUUUGCCUUAGUUUGUAUGAAUUGUUAGAUGUUGGUUUUUAAAAAACAUUAUUUUCAUUCAGUUGGUAGUUUUUGUUCCCAGAGAGCGGCGGUCCUCUUGUAGGUUUUCUUGUAUUUUCAGAAAUUCCCUCGUGUAGCAAGCCAAGAAUAAUCUCUGUACAUGUAAAUUAGCUCUUCACAGAUACAUGUAAAUUUGCAUGGUAUAAGUGUGCGUGGACCCAAAUGGAAAGCAAUUUUGAGGUCGAGGAUUUCAAAUGGGCAAGUGAAUGCAUUCCUUUUUUUAGAAAGUGAUUAUUCUUAAACCUGUAUUCCUGUGAAAGGCCAAAACUAUCACUGUUUUUUAACUUCAGGAAUUGGCUUGUGUUCCACAUGCUAAUUUCGUAUUGCAAAAAUUCUCGUUUCCCAACAGAUUAGGCCCGAGUCUGAAUUUUACCCCAAAGAACCAAAAUUGUAGGAAAUUCUGAAGCGAGUUUGGCCUGUGAUUUUUAAUCUAAAUGAAUGACAGUUGUGUAUUACAGGAAGUGAUUUUUGUAUUUGUUUACUUAGCGUAGAUUGUGAUAUAAGAGUUUUGAGUGGGAAAUAACACUGGAGGGUUCUCCGUUUUAUACAUGAGAAA